AUGACGGACCGACUGCUCGUUGCGCUGCACGUGCCUCAAGAGCUGCUCCCGCUCAGCGGCUCCCACGCGGUCGUCGCAGGCAACGGUCCCUCGAAGGCCCACUCCACCUCGACCACUCCACAAGGCUAUGGUCCACCCAUGCCCGUCGAUGGCACCCCUUUGACCCGUCUCGUCUCCGCCACGCUCUACAACCAGAGCCCCACCUCGUCAAACGACCCCAACUCGCACGGCUCGAGCAAUCGAACAGAAUACGACCUCGUCGCUCUGCCCCUGACGAACCGCAACUGGCAAGAACGGUGGGAGAGCAUGUGCGUCAGCAUCACCAGCCAGAGCCAAUUCGACCUGCAGGCGCAAACGGGCAACAAACUGCAGUCGCAACAGGGACAAUCGGUGGCCGAAGAGGCCGAGAGGUGGAGAGGUGGGGGAGCAUUCCACAGGCAUCAGGUCAACGUGACGCGCAGUGGUCAGUAUGCGCACUAGGGGUCUCACUACGAGCAAUCUAUCACUCAAAAGCAAGUCUUCCCUCACAGAGGAGACGGGAAGUCUGGUCGCGUUCGCCUCCGAUUGGCUCGAACUCGACUCGCCCGACGAAGGACUGCGCUUCGACUCUGAACUCGUACGAUCGACGAUCUUUUAGUAUUCUGCGGCACCCACCACCGGACUAACAAGACAGGCCUCUUUCUGCACAGGCCCUACGACAAGAGGUCACGUACGCCUCGUACCUCUCGCUCACGACCAUCAUCGUCGCGCCUCCAAGAGCAGAGUUUGCCGACUUUCUGCCCGACUAUGCCCGCGCCAUCAACGGCGCCCUCGCGAGCAGUUGGCAUAUCAAUGUGAGCGUCGCGUCGGGUUAGACCAUGCACGACUCACAGCAGGCGCUUAUCUUGUACUCAAGUUCACCCACAGAUAUCGAUCCGGUUACCUCUGAGCUUGCACCCACCCCCACACCUCGGAGGCCGGUCAUCGACACCCGUUGGAUCGUGGGCCUCGGCACAGGAUGACUGUCAAACCUGGGAGUGGUGGAACACGAUCCGGUCCAUGUGUGGCUAUUCGCCCCGUCUGAGCAUCUGUGAGCCCAUUCAAUCUCCUUGCACUGUUGUGGAUCCAAGCUCAACCCGUUCCAUUCUGUUGAACAGGUCUGGACCUGUCGAGCGCGCUUCCCCCCGCCCAAUUUCUCGGUCGAUGGGCCGCCGAACCGGUCAAGCACAUCUUUCUCCCUUGCUCGACCUUUAUACCCAACGCCAAAGCCUAUCCGGUCUUGACCAAAUCUCUGCAAGCCUUUUUGAAAAGAUGUUUCCGCUUCAACCCGACCGUCAUCCUCUCUGGAACCCAGAAAGGUCUUCACGCGAUGGGCGGCCCCUUGGCCUACGUCCAAUACGUUCGACACCUACAUCGCAAAGCCGCGCCAUUGGACCCUGUCGAACAGUACGCGCAAGGGUACAUGGACCAUCUGCAACUGCCCUUGCAGCCUCUAAUGGACAACCUCGAAGGGGAGACGUACGAAGGUUUUGAAAAGGAUCCCGUCAAGUACCGCCAAUACGAAGAGGCCGUCUACCAAGCCUUGCUCGAUCGACCAGAACGAAUGCCCGUGACCAUCUUCGUCGUCGGAGCAGGUCGAGGCCCCCUCGUCGCGGGCUGUCUACGCGCCGCCGAACGUUCGCGCCGAAAAAUCAUCAUCACCGCCGUGGAGAAGAAUCCGAGCGCGUACGUGAUCCUACAAGAGCGAGCUGCGCUGGAAUGGGGUUCGUCGGUCAAGCUCGUCUUUUCGGACAUGCGGAGUUUUCAUCCUCGAGAACAGGCGGAUAUCAUCGUUUCAGAGUUGUUGGGCUCGUUCGGGGACAAUGAACUGAGUCCCGAGUGCCUCGAUGGGGUGAUGAGGUGUCUUAAACGUGAGUUCGGCGCGAAGGUCACUCGAGUGGGAAUUCCUACUGAAGUGCCUGGCGUCGACGCUCCCAUAGCCGAUGGCAUCUCGAUCCCCUCCUCCUACACCUCUUACCUUGCCCCCAUCACGACCUCAAAGUUGCACGCCGAAGUGACCCGCCCCGUACCCCUAGGCACCUCCUCAACUUCAGCGGAUUACAAACCCGCCGAAUCACCCUACGUUGUCAUGUUCUCAGCGUUCCAUAUCCUGAGUGCUAGUACGGGACAAGAAGGUGGGGAGAGGGUCCAAGAGUGUUGGAGUUUUGUUCAUCCCAAUCCGAGGAUCAUAUUCGGGCAGGAUGGUCAGUUUUCUCACCCCUCUCUCGGUACCACCACUCCAAUGAUGCUUACCCAUUUCUCCUUCGUUCUACCGUAGGUCUCCCCUUAACAAACAGCCACAACACCCGAUCCGCACACCUCAGUUUCCAUAUUCCCUAUUCGGGCGUCUGUCACGGUUUUGCGGGUUAUUUCGAAGCGACGUUGUACAAGAACGUCGGGUUGUCGAUCCACCCCGAACGCGCGGCGGGGGACAUGUUGAGUUGGUUCCCAAUCUUCUUCCCUUUAAUGGUACGUUUCGGUUAAGUUGUACAGAAAGAAUCCGAUUGAUUGUUUUCUUCCGCACCACCACCCAGGAUCCCAUCUACCUCCCCGCUUCCUCCUCCAUCGACGUGCAAAUGUGGCGCAUGACGGACAGUUCCAAGCGUAAAGUCUGGUUCGAAUGGGCCGCCUCGGCGUACAUAACUAUACCUUCCCCGAUCACCACACCUUCCCCCAACCCCAAUACAACGACAGUCACCACAGCUAGUGCUACAGGUGGCGGAGCCCGCACGUCGUACGAUCCCCGCACGACCUGGAUGGCGAUGCCCAGCCCCCUGAUGGACGAUGGGAUAUUCCACUCCGCGCCCAGUCCCAUGAUCGGUUCCACGCCCCACCUCACGAACGGUACUUCCCCAACAGAUCGUCGGGACAGUGGCCGAAUGCCCAACGCUCCAGACGAAGAAGGCUCGAAUCAACAAUCCCAUGCGUCGAUGUCGAUGGUGAUGAAUAGGGUAUUGAUCAAUCAGAGCAAAUUGCAUAACCCGGGGGUAGGACGAGUCAUAUUGGAGUUUAGUCUGGAGCGAAGGUGGGCGUAG